UCGGGGGCGCGACGGGAGACGGCUCCAAUCUUGGCGCCUACAAUUUUACCUAAGCACGCCGAUCGUCGAAGUCAUCUAUCUCGACACUACCUGUAGGCAACUCAGGUCAAUUCAAAGUACUGCUGUAUUCAACCAUCUUGCGAACGACUUCUACUUCGUUUCGACUUAUUGCUCGACCGUGUUGCCGAACAGGUGAUCCCUCACUCUGUACUCCAUACAACCAAGUCGUAACGGAAACGGCACGGCGCUAAGAGAGAUAGCGGUGGAUGUGCAUAAUACCUUGAGAGUUUCCCCAUCCAAGGUAUGACGUAGAUACAACAUUCGGUACCUAGGUAGGGGCUAAAUUGAAGGUGAUUCCUUGACCACUCUUGCUCAGAUCGUUUGACGUUGUCGUACUUAUGCGAAACAUGGGCCGCAGUCACUGCAUUGAGCGCGGCGGUUUCGAGGACUGAUUGAAGAGCCCAGUUCCACGCGCCGCAACAGCAUGGUAGCGAAAGCGACAGACGACAGCAAGCGACCCAUAGAGAGCUCCACUCCAUCAUUGGAGGCCACUAGAGACUCGGUGGUCGUGGUCAACAGUGAUAGUGCUCAGGCAUUGGAAAAACAGAGAAAGAAGCGCCACGCGCCAAAAGUUCGCACUGGUUGCAAAACCUGCAAGAAGCGGCGAGUCAAAUGUGAUGAACGGAAGCCGUUGUGCUACCAAUGUAGUCGGAGAGGGAUCGCUUGUCUGGGAUAUGAACCUGUACAAACCUGGAUCUUUGAACUUCCUGGACCGACACUAGAAGUCGAGGAAUCACAGUCUUCAGCGCAGGAAGCGUCUGAUUCAGCAACGUCUGAUGAUGCGAAGAAGAGCAAUUUGUCAGCUCCCACCAGUCUGGCUCCUCUCGUCCCAUUCCGCAGCGCUGCAGAAGCACGAUCAUUUCAAUAUUUCGAAUGCAAGACUGGCCCAUUUCUUGCAACAGCCGUCGCUUACCCGAAACCGCUAUUGAACACCAUGUUAGGCUCCGCUUGGCAAUGCGCAGCAAGCAGAGACCUCCUCAUUGCUGUUGCGAUAACUGAUGAGUUCCGGUCGAACAAUGUCGAAUUUCUGCCCGGUGAAGGAGGGAUUGUUUCCACUGCAAAUUCAACAAGAUAUUAUGCGACAGCCAUGGGCCUCAUGGCUAGGGAGCAAUACCCGAUCCCUGACCUGUUGAUCGCUAGUAUUCUUGCAUGGAUAUACGACCUUGGCCAUCGUCGCACAGAAGCUGCUCGGAUACAUCUCAAUUCAGCCCUAGCGAUUGCAGACACCAAUACGGCGCGACCCAACUCUGAUGAGUGUCGUCCUGAGGAUGAUGAUCUCAUCAAGACGGUCAUCAAACCCGCCCUUGAUGGGAAUCAGAAUUUCCACGACUCAACCAGCGCUCUCGCUUCUGGUUGGACAGAUGAUACAGCAUCUGGACCAACAUUGAAAGUGCCAGAAAAAUUCUCAUCGAUGACUAAAGCUGUCCAGUCGUGUAGAAGAUGCUUCGACUUGCUCCAUGCCGGCCUGAUACCACCAAAGAAUGCUGCGGAGUUCGGACGGGGUUGGUUGCAGAGCGUCAGGAAAUAUGGUGCGCAAGGUGCUGUAUCACCAAUGCAGAGAUGGGCACUAUAUAUCCUUUACGCCGCCUUGAGUACUUUCAUCGAAACCUUAUACCUUGAUCUGACGGGAAUUGCGGCGCAAAUUAGGUGGAACUACAUCAUUGGCCAAAUGGAAAAAAUAUUUGAUGCAGAACAUUUUCCAGGUUUCACCGAAGUAUUGAACCUCCUCAUCCAGGUCAUGGCCUGGAGCUGCGAACACGAACAGCCCAUCAGUCGUGCGAGGCGCUUGAUUCGGCGAACCGAAAGAGAGCAUUCUCGGGACGAAGAUUCUGGCUCUUCUUGAAUGGACGCUGUCAUCUUCGGACUGGUCUUUGGCCGGACGAGGAUUAUAACCCUGACACGAAACUAGCACC